AAACUGUAGAUUUUCAGCGCUGGUAGUGAAUUUUCGAACACAGCUUUAUAAGUAUAUGGUCCAACUCAGUCCAACUCGUUACUUCGUGAUCGGUAGGCGGGGAAUUGAUGGGAUUUUAUGUUUACUAAAAUUUAGAUAAGAUAUUUCAUCAAGUACUAAAACGAUUUUUAAAAUGAUACGAUUUAUCCUUAUACAAAAUAGGGCCGGUAAGACUAGGUUAGCGAAGUGGUACAUGAAUUUUGACGAUGACGAAAAGCAGAAAUUGAUAGAGGAAGUUCAUGCUGUGGUUACUGUCAGAGAUGCUAAGCAUACAAAUUUUGUCGAGUUUCGCAAUUUCAAGAUAGUAUACAGACGAUACGCAGGCUUGUAUUUCUGCAUCUGCGUCGAUGUUAAUGACAACAAUCUCUGUUACUUGGAAGCGAUACAUAAUUUCGUGGAGGUAUUGAACGAAUACUUUCACAAUGUAUGCGAGUUGGAUUUAGUCUUUAAUUUUUACAAGGUAUACACUGUCGUGGACGAAAUGUUUUUAGCUGGCGAGAUCAGAGAGACAAGCCAAACUAAAGUGCUAAAGCAACUCUUGAUGUUAAAUUCCUUGGAAUAAGGCUCUUGCUUUUAUGUAUUAAUAAAUGCAUGAUCUAAAUAAGUGUCCGACUGAAUAUACAUCCAUAUUAUGUAGAUUAUGUCGUGUAAGACAUGCAUAUAAAUACUUCAUGUAAAACCACAUGAUUUGUUUCACGAAAAGAACGCUUAGAUGUACAAUAAUGUCUACAUAAUUUUUUUGCGUUAUGACUUACAAAAAAAAGUAACAGUGCUCAAAACAUGACAAACUUGUAGACACAAAAAAAAAGGUAGAAAGUAUAUCCUCUGUGUUAACAUGUAAUAAAUCUUGUAAAUAUGUGCUAAAGGAUAUGAAAAUGCCUCUCUU